GCAUCAUAUCAAAGUUGUAUUGGGUAGAAAAUAUUUUUAUAAAUUUCAUAUUAAAUUUUGGCUCUGAACGUUUUAGAAAGAUUUUUUUACUUUUUGGAACUAAUCGCACUUGUAUGACACUGUGACAAACCGAUUCCGAAACAUGGAAGUACAGUACGAAAGAAAACACAAUCAGAUCUAUCUUUAUGUUUCUACGUUUGUUCACACUGUUGGUGUCCUUAAUUUUUCUGCGGGAAUAUGUUGUCGACUGUAUAAAGAUAUUACCCACGAAGACCAAGAUUUCUACAUGAGAUUUGCUUAUUCCUUUAAAUAUGUCACUAUGCUGAACGCAGUAAUCCAGUUGGGAUAUUUCGUUGUGGCUCUCACAGUUGACAUUAUGGCAAUUUGUUCGUACACUUUGGACGCACCUAACGGGUGGUUGAAGGCGAGAUCAUUCUUCAGAUGCUCGAUAGCUAUACCAUGUGGAUUGUAUACAUGCGUGAUGUUUUGGAUAUUCCAUUGGUACGAUGUCGCCUUGUUGGGUGAUUACAAUUCGCCAUGGCUGCGUCAUACAUUAUACACGUCGAACGUCAUUAUUUUACUGUUUGAUGUGAUCUUCUGCAAGGGUGAAUCUUCCGAAAUUGUAAUAUCUCUACUUGUGAUAAAUGCCCCCUGUUUAUUAUACUUCAUAUGGCUUCAUAUCAUUUAUUACUGCACUGGCGUGUGGGCGGUUUCUUUUGUGAAAAAUCUUACCCUCGUGGAAAGGCUGUUGAUGUACGUCGGAACUGUGCUCGAACAUUGGGUGGGUUAUUUCAUUGGUAGGCUUUUAAAUGACAUUUUGUGGAAUGAAGAUUUCGUCGCUCGAAUCCCGUUUUUACGCCGUUUUGUCUCAGUGCCUCCUCGGUUCAUCUAUGGAAAUCCGUCUAACGAAUCUCUCAAAAUUGGAAAAGUCUUGAGCGGUACCGAAAACAUGUUUGUGGACCGACCGGUUAAAAAAAAGAAAACUCAGCCCAAAAGAAAGAAAAUUCCUUAAAAGUGGUGACAUUCUGUUUUAUUGAAAGUUUACUUGAGGUAACGCUGUUACGUAAUCCACCUUUUACGCUAAUAAA